AUUCAGGUCAAACAACAAUUGACUUUUCGUGUAUUUGUCUUUUAUCUAUACAUUUAGCCUAUGUCAACAUUUCACUGCUCUGUAUGUAUUUAAUUCUACAUUUUUAUUUAUUCGUUUAUUUAUUUACACAUUUUCUGUCUUAUGCGGCCUCUUUCUGAGGAUAGCAUUGUUAAAUUUAAUGUAGUAUGUCUAUUUAUAAUCAUGUUUUACUAGUAAUAUCAUUUUAAUUAUGUUAAUACAAUAUAAUGUAAACUUACAGGCCUCCUACAUAUGUAUCAUUUUACGUAUUAGAAUAUUAUUAGUACAUUUAGUCAUUUAUUUUAACAAAUAGUUACUAAAUCAAUAACAUGUAAUAAAUUAUAAUAACCUAAUUAGCCUAUAUGAGCAUGCACCAUCUCGAUGAAAUCAUCAGCCCUUUCAAUCCUUAAGGUUUAAGACAGUUUUAGUGCAGAGAAUUUCAUUAUUAAGGCACUGGGGCUUGCCAUCUACAUUAGGAGAGCACACUCCUCUAUUUUUUGCUCUUCGCGGUGUCCCGUCAGAUAGUUGAGCUCAGGGUUCGACCAUGGUUCUACAUUCCUUAUCCAGGGGGCCGGAUCACAAGAGCAGGUAUAAAAGCUUCAUCAUGAAUUAGUGCGCACAGAAAGUGACUCUCCUUUCCUCUGUCAUCUCUGAAGAGCCGUACGAACCCGCCAACAUCACCAUGAGUCGCAGUCCAGAAAGGAUGUCAUCGUACCGCCGUCACUUUGAAGGUGGCAUGUCCUGCUCUUCCACGCUCCAGGUGCGCGUGUCCAGCCCGUCACCCACCCGCGGGACCGCGCGCCAUCGCUCCGCAAGUUACAGCCGCAGCGGGACACUGGGGCGCGGGGCGCAGUCUGCAACCCGCAGGUCACGCAUGACCAGCAGUGUGAGUUUGGGAGCGCUGUGUCUGGGGCUUGCCGGACGUGGUGUGGACCUGGAUGCCGCAGCUGCCGAGAACCAGGCAUUCCUGAGCACUCGGACCAGCGAGAAAAAGGAGAUGAUUGCCCUCAAUGAUCGUCUAGCUGUCUACAUUGAGAAGGUGCGCUCUCUGGAGCAAAGCAACAAACUUCUGGAAGCUGAGAUUGAUGCCAUCAAGGGCCAAUAUGUGAAGCCCUCAGGUCUGCGAAAGCUUUAUGAGGACCAGCUGAGGGAGCUGAAGAGAAUUGCAGACCAAAUGAAAGUUCAGAGGGAGCUGGCACUUGCAGCACGGGAUGCCAUGGCCGGUCAGCUAGAAAUGCUGAAGGUUAAAUAUGAGGAAGCUGUGGAGGCACGGAAGAAGGCAGAGCUUGACAUAGAGGCUUUCAGACCGGAUGUAGAUGCUGCAACGUCUUCCCGAAUCGCCUUGGAAAGGCGUCUGGAAAACCUGGAGGUGGAGCUUGAGUUCUUGCAGAGAAUUCACAAAAAGGAAAUUGAGGAGUUGAUGGCCCAGAUUUAUGGAGGCGUCGCUAAAGUGGAUGUGGCCUUCUCAUUGCCUGAUCUGGCCAACGCCCUCAAACAGAUACAGGCACAAUAUGACAGCAUCGCCGCACAAAACCUGCAGGAAAUGGAUGCCUGGUAUAAAACAAAGUUUCAAGAUCUUAACAAAGUAACAUCACGGCACGUGGAAUCGGCGAGGAGCGUCAGGGAGGAAAUCACCGGCUACAAGAAAGAGAUGCAAAAUAAGCAGAGAGAGUUGGACGCCCUUAAAACAAGGAACGAAGCUCUGAUGCUCCAGGUCCAGGAAGCCCAAGAGAGAUACAAGAGAGAGGAGGAGGAGCUAAAGGUUCGUAUAGAGAAACUUAAAGAGGAGCUGAAGUCUUUUAAGGGGAAGAUCGCACUGCUGCUGAGAGAAUAUCAGGAACUGCUCAAUGCAAAGAUGGCGCUGGAGAUCGAAAUCACCACCUACAGGAAGUUGAUUGAGGGGGAGGACAGCCGAUUGUCUACCAUGGUGAGCAGUCUGUCACUCAUGAGCAGCACCAUUUGCUCAGGAUUGGUCAGCUCUGCUUCCGGGGUGGCGUUCGGCUCUACGGGGGUGGCAGCGGCUGGUGGCCGGGCGGUCGCUGGAGCGAUGAGCUCAGCUGUCUCCGAGAAGGUUGUGUCCUCCUCAAGCAGCUCAGAGAGCAAACAAGUCAACCACGACCAUCACGAGUCCGUAGAAGAGUUCACCCAGGAACAGGCCGUGGAGAUGACGGAGAGGAAAACAGUCCUCAUCAGAACAGUUAAGACAGAUGAAGACAUGAUUCAAAGGGACACGCAUGAACGCACCAUCACCAUUUCUGGCGCGGCAGAUGAGAAUGACUGAAGUAGACCCCUGAGUCCCG